ACUUGGUGCAUCGUCUCGGCAGUCUUGCUGACGAUUUUAUUACCGCUUGUGUCAGGUGCGGAGAACUACGGCUACGAUUCAGCAUCGUCUUGCGAUCCAACGAGAGCCUCUCGCCGAGGUCGAUCACAACUAUUGAAAACCAUUCCAUGCGAUCUUAGUCGACAAGCCUACUGCAAUUUGCCGGGUUCGGCAUAUCCGUGGCAUGCGGUUCGGCGAUUUGUGCACGAGAACCAGGGGCUUAUGCGUCGGAUGUAUGGUGACAUCCGUCAUAUCUCGGUACUGAAGGAGGAGUUUGAAAACAACGAAAUCGAUAUCGACGACAUAAACCGUGCGACAGAGCGAUACGCACGCCCAUCUUUAACAGUACGCGAUGGCAAGCGGAUGAAGUACUUGCGACCAUCGUUGUCGUCGCAUUUCGACACCGGGCAUGUCCACUAUCCUCGCGACAAAAGUAAUGAAAUCCCGUUUAACGAACCCCACUUUCGUCCAACUCAAGGGAAGGCGACAACUGUGCCGUCUAGUACGACGACAAUCAGUUUUACUACUAAGAACUCUGCGACCGCAACCCUAACGGUAACAACGGAUUCUUCGACUGUGAAGAGUGCACUGACAACGGUUCCAAACAGCAGUACCACCAGCACGACUGUUGAAUCGCCUCCUCCGGAGAAAGCUUCUAGCGAAACGUAUUCCACCGAGAGUAUUUAUUCUUCCACUCUAGUUGCUCAGCGGGUACCAGAAAACGACAAUUUUUUCCAAAAUGGAACGCAGCCGAAAAUUGUAGUAGAAACAACUGCUUCUACACAAAUUGAUGGUUACGCCAUAGGCAAGGAUGGAUUACAGUCGAAUAAAAUUGAGAAAGCAGAAGAUGCUUCUAGCACCAACACAAUUCCGUCUACGGACAGCGAAGGUAUCAAUAUGAAUGCUCUCUCAUCUCUGGCGAAGCUUGAAACAAAUGGAGAAGUGAAGACUAUCGAUGAUUCUGUCCAUAAGGAUAUCGAGGGAAAAUAUGAAAAAAUUUCUUCGACGCUUAAACUCACCGGCUUUAGCUCAGACGACGAGACAGACUACAAGGCGGUACCGGUAACAAAUGGUGGUUCCAUAACGGAUGAGAUCGAAUUUACCAUCAACAACAAUCCAAACGAAAGACAGGAUACCGGUAUCACUGUGGAAACGGAUGAAGUAGUAGUUGAUCAAGAACACCCCAGCAACGAUACACCCGUUGCAGAGCCAGUGGUACAGCUCGAAGCCGCCCCAACAAACAAGACGAAUCAGCAGCAGAAGAUUCGAUUUGAAAGCAUCAAACAUCACUCUGGAGCCGUUGGCCUUGGGAGUUCUGGCACGACACCCGCAAAAAAACCCAACUCCGAAGGGCAAUUAUUUCAAGAUACGGCACAGAAAGAGCAAACGGUCGUCAACGGUCGAGGAGUUAAUGCGUGUCCCGUGAAGGAAGAGGUAGUAGCACCCUUCUGGGCGAAUAACACUCGAGGCGAAGUACUUGCUCUGCUAAAUCUCUACCCUUUCGAACAGUACGUGCAUUGGGAAAAGUGCACCCACGAGUUGAAGCAAAUGUACUGUCGCGACGGAUGUCGCUGCGAACAGCAGUAUCGCUUGCAUCGGUUGUUGGCAUACGACCCGCACAACGAGUGUCGUGGCAUCUUUUCCGACUGGUUUCGUUUUCCCUCAUGCUGUAUUUGCAAAUGCUACGAUAUGCCUUUUGAUUUUCGGGUCACUUCACGCAGUCCACGCUCGUUAACAAAAGAGUCGAUUGAGUUGGUCGAGGAUGAGUUGCAAAAUGCUAUCUACGAACAUGCGGUAGACGAAUGGUACCGUCCGAAAGAAUACAAUGUUGAUUAA